GGGCUGAAGUGAAAGUCCAGAGAGUUAGCACUGUUGCCGAAUGAUGAUCACCUUCAGGUUGCUUCUUUGAUCGGAAAGAGGAGUCACUUUUUUUAUUGAACAUGAUAGUAAGAGUUUCUUCCCACUUGUAUGGUUGGAUGAUGACUGGUGAGGGUGACUGUAAGAGAUAACUGGAUGCAGUGCUCCAAGGAAUUAUUUUCUUAGUGGAUAGUGUUUCUAAGACUACGUUGCAGCUUUUAAAGCCACUCAUAAUAUACGUGUCGUCGUGGAUUUCCCAAUUAGGAUUGUCACAUAGCGAGCUCGUAAUUGAAAUUUGGAAGGGACCAGUGAAUGUUACGAGAGUUUGAAGUUUUAAACAGUUGAAGCUCGAUUGUUUAUUCUUAUCACUGUUCAUAUCAUCGUCAAUGGCUGAAGCAACCAAGAGGUAUGCAGUGGUUACAGGAGCAAACAAGGGGAUUGGGUUUGAAAUUUGCAGGCAGUUGGCUUCAAAUGGGAUUGUGGUUGUAUUAACAGCCAGAGAUGAGAAGAGAGGCCUCGAAGCUGUUCAAAAACUCAAAGACUCUAGUCUCUCUGCUCUUGUUGUGUUUCAUCAACUUGAUGUGGCUGAUACUGCCAGUAUUGCUGCUCUCGCUGAUUUCAUCAAAACUCAAUUUGGAAAAUUGGAUAUCCUGGUUAACAAUGCUGGUAUUAAUGGAGUUACAGUUGAUGGUGAUGCUUUCAGUGCUGAGUCUGGUAAGGAAAGUGCAAAUGUCAAUUGGCAAUGGCAUAAAAGAACAACUCAAACCUACGAGCUAGCUGAAGAAUGCCUGACAAUAAACUAUUAUGGUGCAAAAAGAAUGGUUGAGGCAUUCAUUCCCCUACUUCAAUUGUCUGGUUCGCCAAGGAUUGUUAAUGUUUCGUCCAGCUUGGGGAAGUUAAUGUACGUUUCAAAUGAAUGGGCUAAAGAAGUGUUAGUUGAUGCUGACAACCUGCCAGAAGAGAGAAUUGAUGAGGUGUUGAGUAAGUAUCUUGAAGAUAUUAAAGAAAGUUCACCAGAAAGCAAAGGUUGGCCAGCUUAUCUAUCUGCCUAUAUACUUUCAAAAGCUGCUAUGAAUGCAUACACACGGAUCCUAGCCAAGAAGCUCCCAACUUUUCGCAUCAAUUGUGUCUGCCCUGGCUUUGUCAAAACAGAUAUAAACAACAACAAUGGAAUGUUAUCUGUUGAAGAAGGGGCUGCAAGUCCAGUGAGAUUAGCACUGUUGCCUAAUGAUGGUCCUUCUGGUUGCUUCUUUGAUCAGAAAAAGGAGUCACCUUUUUGAUUGAACAUGAUAGAUCUCCAUAGACAAAAGUAUACAUAGUAAGAGUUUCUGUGUGUUUUGAAUAGUAUAGUUGGAGAAUAAUCUCAGACUCUGUAUCAUAAAGUCUAAAGGAACACCGGUAUCCAGCUCAGAAUGUAUGUAGAAUAGCAUGCCAUGUAUCAUAAGUUUCUUGUCAUGUGUUAUGCAUC